AUGUCUUAUAAAUUUGCCAUCGAUCGAGGUGGAACAUUCACCGACGUUUAUGCUGAAUGUCCUGACGGCAGAGUUCAUGUGAUGAAAUUAUUGUCCGAAGAUCCAGGGCAUUAUCUUGAUGCCUCUUUGGAGGCUAUUCGGAGAAUUAUGGUGCAAGUUUUAGUUCAAUCACCACUAAACGUGAACAAGACUCGAGAGGAUCUGCAGAAGUUGUUUGAAAGCGGGGUGAAAAGUUUGGCGAUCGUACUUAUGCACUCUUAUCUAUACCCUAAACACGAAUUGAUGGUGGCGGAAAUCGCACGAAAUAUUGGUUUCUCUAACAUCUCCGUCUCACACAAUGUGAUGCCGAUGAUAAAAAUAGUACCUCGAGCUUUCACAGGUAGGUUUUUCCAUCAUCUUCUUCUAAUUGUUUCAGUUACGGCAGAUGCAUACCUGACCCCCUGCAUACGAAAUUACGUUGAAAGUUUUUCUAAAGGGUUUCGUGGUGCAUUUGGUAACAUGCAAGUACUUUUCAUGCAGUCCGAUGGUGGAUUAUCUCCAGCGAAUGACCUAUUAUCACCCACGCUUAUUCACCUUUUUCCUCUGUUUUUAGGUACUUCGACGGACGUCAGUCGUUUUGGUGGUGAAUUGGAACAUGUGUUUGAAACAACAACGGCGGGCGUAAGCAUUCAGGCACCGCAGUUGGAUGUUAACACAGUUGCCGCUGGUGGAGGAUCUUGUCUCUCCUAUAGUAGUGGUCUUUAUCGGGUCGGUCCCGAAUCUGCUGGAGCAUACCCCGGCCCAGUAGCUUAUGGGAACGUCGGUGGGAAGCUGACCAUAACGGACGCGAACCUAGUGUUAGGUCGCCUUCUGCCGGCCCACUUUCCAGCAAUAUUCGGUCCGGAACACAACGCACCGUUGGAUUUGGCAGCUGCACGGCUGGCAUUUGUACAACUGUCUAACGAGAUCAACGCUUAUUCAGCAGCUCGUGAUACGUCUGUCCCAAAGGUGUCUGUCGAAGACGUGGCUCUUGGCUUCAUCCGUGUUGCCAAUGAGACAAUGUGUAGGCCGAUUCGUUCCCUAACGCAAGGCAAAGGGUACGACACGUCGAAGCACCUGCUUGCUUGCUUCGGAGGGGCCGGUGGACAGCAUGCCUGUUCACUUGCACGUCUGCUAGGAAUGAAGAAGGUUCACAUUCAUAGGUACGCCGGCAUUUUAUCUGCCUAUGGGUUGGCCCUCGCAGAUGUCGUCCGAGAGGAACAGCUUCCAUGUCAACUGCUUUACAAACCAGAAAAUCUCCCCGCAAUUGGCAUGCUCAUUACCAAACUCGUUAACGAAGCAACGGACCGUUUAGUUAGCGAAGGUUUCGACAAGUCUCGGAUCGAUACUGAGGUGUUUCUUCAUAUGCGCUACGAAGGAACCGAUGGCGCGCUCAUGUGCCAGGCAAACCAAGUGAACAAUCACUCCGAAAAGGCGGUGCCCUCAUACGGGGAUUUUGAAGCGUCUUUCGUCGAACGGUAUUUACAAAAGGGAGGGAGUNUCACUCUUUCCAACCGGACUAUUGUUGUUGAUGACGUUCGAGUGCGCGGUCGAGCCGUUAGCACGACAGCGUCUGUCCCCAAUAUUGAAGAGGCUCCGUGUGGGUCCCAUCCGGAGCCGGUUGAGGAUUCUGAUUUUCAUUUCACUGGUUUACAACAGUUUUGUUCAACGAAUGUGACUUAUCUGAUUUAUUCAGACACACUCACACACACACACACACGGUCAUCUGCCUGUCACUCAUUUUCAAAUACCUACUUUGAUCAAGGGUUGAUGCGUACUUCGGUUUAUCUACUAGACAAUCUCCUGGCCGGACAUGAAAUACAUGGACCUGCGAUUAUUAUCGCCCCUCACAGCACCAUCCUUGUCGAACCGAACUGCUCAGCCUCUAUUACACGCACGGGCGAUAUGGAGAUACGCAUUGGCGUUACCGACAGUCAACAGCCCCACUUGAGCACGGAACUGGACGCGAUCCAGUUGAGUAUAUUUUCUCAUCGAUUUAUGAGCAUAGCGGAACAAAUGGGUCGCGUUUUACAACGUACAGCGAUUUCAACCAACAUCAAAGAACGUCUUGAUUUCUCCUGCGCACUUUUCGACUCUGAUGGUGGAUUGGUGGCGAAUGCGCCCCACAUCCCAGUCCACUUGGGUGCCAUGCAACAUGCUGUUCAGUACCAAAUCAAAGCGACUAACAACCGAUUUUCUCCAGGAGACGUGCUACUCAGUAAUCAUCCGUGCGCUGGAGGCAGUCAUCUUCCGGACCUUACGGUCAUCACACCGGUUUUCGUCCCCGGGUCCUCUACACCUUCGUUUUUCUUCGCUAACCGGGGUCAUCAUGCAGAUAUCGGCGGUUCGACACCUGGAUCUAUGCCUCCACAUUCCACAUCCAUCCACGAGGAGGGCGCGGUUUUCACAACAUUCUAUCUGGUCAAGGACGGUUGCUUUCAAGAAGAAGCUGUGACGGCGGCUUUGCUGGCUCCAGCCGCUUAUCCUGGAUCAUCUGGAACACGCAACUUAUCGGACAACUUGAGUGAUUUAAAAGCUCAGGUGGCAGCCAAUCAAAAGGGAGUCUUGCUUUUGAUGGAUCUGGUCGAAGAAUAUGGAUUGGAAGUUGUGCAAGCUUAUAUGAAACAUAUACAGGAUAAUGCUGAAUACGCUGUUCGUCACAUGCUGCGUGGUGCUUGUUUGCAGGCCACGAAUUACGACCAGACUGGUAGUAAUCCAACGGACACCAUCGACUCACAAUUGACAAGUUCUCCAAUCAUGUUGUCAGCCGUUGAUCACAUGGAUGAUGGUACCCCGAUCUCUCUCAAGGUGUCCGUUAAUCCAGUGUCUGGUUCGGCACACUUUGAUUUUACUGGUACCGGUCCGGAGGUCUUUGGUAACACGAACGCUCCUCGUGCUGUCUUGUUGUCCUGCUUGUUCUAUGCAUUACGAUGUCUCGUGGGUGGUGAAAUCUGCUUAAAUCACGGUUGCCUCAAGCCAAUUAAAUUAACUGUGCCGGACGGCACCAUUUUGUCUGCCUCGCCGACCGCAGCGGUUGUGGGUGGCAAUGUGCUCACUUCACAGAGAAUCGUUGAUGUGAUUUUCGCCGCAUUUCGUUGUUGCGCCGCCAGCCAAGGCUGUAUGAACAAUGUCACAUUCGGAACCGACAAGUUAGGCUAUUAUGAGACGGUCGCUGGUGGUGCCGGAGCUCGCCUUAAUUUCGUGUUCUCCAACCUCGAACUUGGUGAUCCUGAUUACAGUUUUCCCCGCUUUCAGGGUCCUGGAUGGCAUGGUCGCAGUGGCAUUCAUACUCACAUGACUAACACACGAAUCACAGAUCCUGAAAUUCUCGAACAGAGGUAUCCGGUAAUUCUGGAACAAUUUGGCAUUCGAGUAAAUAGUGGUGGCUUGGGUCGAUGGAACGGUGGCAACGGCUUGACGCGACGUAUGAAGUUUCGCUCAGCUGUCACUUUAUCCGUUCUUAGUGAACGACGUUCUCUGGCACCGUACGGUCUGUUUGGUGGACAACCUGGAGCGCGUGGACUGAAUUUGCUUCAUCGCGUGGGCCACUCGCAUCCCGUAAACAUUGGUGGCAAAGCCACGGUGUCUGUCAAUCCUGGUGAUGUUUUUAUCUUGCACACUCCUGGUGGUGGCGGUUUUGGUUCUCCGGAUACUGUGGUUACCUAAUCUCUUGCAUUAGUGAACAGCCGUUCUCGUGGAUUUACGCAGAUGAGCUGUUUCUUCGCUCUUUCAGGCUUUCUACUACUUAGUCUUCACGAAACUUUGGUUCUUUAUUUUUUUUUUUUAAUUUGGAUCUUUGAUUCGUUCCAAAUACAUAGCAAUUGUAAAA